AUGUCUUUCCUUCAUAAUCAUUCUUGUGAGUGCGUUAAGUCAGAAUUGGAUUUGUUUGCACUACCGUCUACACAAACUAGCAUUGAAAAUGGAUUGUGGAUUCAUUAUAAACCAAUUUCAUCUCUUGGUGAUGAUGGACCUAUCGAGUUUCAAGUUCCUGGGACCGGCGAUGACUACAUAGAUUUGUCUCAUACAUUACUCCACAUAAAGGCAAAAGUAUUAAAUCAAGAUUCAACUAACUUGGUAUCUACUACAAUAGUAGCACCUGUAAAUAAUUGGCUGCAUUCACUUUUUAGUCAACUUGAUGUUUAUUUAAACCAAAAACUUGUAUCACCACCUAAUAAUACCUAUGCAUAUCGAGCAUACAUGGAAACCCUUUUAAACUAUGCCCCUGCUGCUAAACAAUCUCAUCUUACUUGUAGUCUUUGGUAUGAGGAUACAGCAGGAAAAAUGGAUUCUACAGAUGGUAAAAACAUAGGAUUUGUUAAAAGACAGGAAUUGAUUAGUGAAAGUAAGGAAAUAGAAAUGAUUGGUCAUCUUCACGGUGACAUUUUUAACCAAGAUAAAUUUUUAAUUAAUGAUGUUGAAAUGAGUGUUAAAUUGGUUCGAUCAAGAGAGAGUUUUAAUUUAAUUGUUGGGUCAAAUGAUGUAAAGUUUAAAGUAGAAAUGAUUGGUCAUCUUCACGGUGACAUUUUUAACCAAGAUAAAUUUUUAAUUAAUGGUGUUGAAAUGAGUGUUAAAUUGGUUCGAUCAAGAGAGAGUUUUAAUUUAAUUGUUGGGUCAAACGAUGUAAAGUUUAAAGUUUGCAUUACGGACGCAACUCUUAUUGUUCGACGAGCACGAAUUAAUCCAAGUGUAUUACUCGCACAUCAAAAAGUUUUAGCUUCUACCACUGCUAAAUAUCCUAUUACUCGAGCUGAAGUAAAAGUUUUAACAAUUCCUUCGGGUGUUCAAGGAAAAACUCUUGAUAAUAUAUUUUUAGGACAGGUACCGAAAAGAUGUAUAAUUGGAUUUGUGAACAAUUCUGCAUUUAAUGGUUCCCUUACUAAAAAUCCAUUUAACUUUGAAAACUAUGGUAUUAAUUCUUUCAGCUUAUAUAUUGAUGGUCAACAAAUACCUUCAAAAGCUUUGCAACCAUCUUUUAAUAAUAGCAUAUUUACAUCAGCAUAUCAUACUCUAUUCUCGGGAACUGGUAUUCACUUUCUUAAUGAAGGAAAUGGAAUCUCUUGUGAACAGUAUGGCAAAGGUUACUGUCUAUUAGCAUUUGACUUAACUCCUGAUUUAUCAGCUAACUCAUCAACUCAUUGGAAUCUCAUAAAGCAUGGUAGUGUAAGAAUAGAAGUACGAUUUGAAUCCUCAUUAAUACAAACAAUUAACUGUAUAGUUUAUGCUGAGUUUGAUAAUAUUAUUGAGAUAGAUAAAAACAGAAAUGUUACUGUAGACUAUAGUAGUUAA